ACGGGACAUCCAGAGUUUCCUUGAAAUUCCCGUCUCGCCAAUGUUUGAAUGAAAUCUUUUGAGAUCGUGUCUGAAAGAGGUGACAAUUAUUGUUGAGUAUCAUAAGUCAAAAAUGAUCAAUAAAUUGAUCGUGGGCCCUUAAGACUUAAGAUAUAGAAGAAGGAGAAGUCAUAAGCUUAUAAAAUAAGAUAAGAUAAGAUUCAUUUAUUGAUCCAAAUGAAUGGAAGUUUUUUUGAUUGCAUUAUUCAUUUUCAGCACAAAAAUAAAACAAUUUGAACACAAGACAUUUAUAAUAAUUUUUUUCAAACGGCCAUUCAGUGAGUUCUCUUAGCAAAAUUGGGGACUUAUUAGUUCUCAUUCAGAUGUGUGACUUCAGAGGAAGCACGCCGGUAAAUUCGUACAGAUUGGGGAACAAAAGAAUUUUUAUAUCGGUCAGUCCUCGCCCUGAUGGAAAGAAUUCGUCCCGAACGGCCCGACCCGUGAAGGAUGCUAAGUUUGUGUUAUGUUCCUAGCUUUCUUGAUUAAUCGGUUUAUGCGGUGUUUAAUAUCAGACGAUGAAUUCCCACACCAGCAGGCAAUACUGAAAUUAAGCAGGCUUCCAAUUGUUGCACUGUAGAAUAAGUUAACGACUUGCUUGUUUACGCCAAAAUUGUACGGUUUUUGAGGUAGAACAGUCUUUGAUUGAAUUUUUUAUACAGGAUUUGGCCGUGCUCAUGCCAUGUUAGCUUAUUAUUAAUGGUUACACCUAAGUACUUGUACACCUCCACUUUCUCCACAUUUUAAUUUUUACGUUGAGAUCUGUAAUCAGGUGUUUCCCCCUCCUGAAAUCAACAACCAUUUCUUUUGUUUUUGAGACAUUCAACUGGAGAAAAUUUUCAUCGCACCAAUUGAUAAAGCUUGUUACUAAGUUACGGUAUAGGCCUUCUCCUUAAGAUAGUAAGCCAACAAUCGUGGUAUCAUCAGCAAAUUUUAAUAUUGGAUUGGUGUUGCUUGAGCUUUGAAUAUCAUUUGUAUAUAUGGUAUACGAUACAGGAGAGAGAACGCAGCCUUGUGGUGCCCCGAUGCUUAUUUCUCUGGUUAGAGAUACUUGGUUAUUUACUUUGACAUAUUGUGGUCCAUUUAUUAAAAAGUUCAGUAUCUUUUAUGUCUUACUCUUACUCUCAAGCUGUUUAUAUGAACUGAAAUUCCACAUCUUAAAAUUGAUAUGAUCAUUUUACGGCCAAUGCUAAGAAAAUGCGCAAUGACGUCAUUUACGUGAUUUUGUAAAUGAAUAAUUUAGAGUUCAUUUACUGUAAACACUCCACUACCGGCCGUCUUCUUCCUUUGGUUUUGUUCUCUCCUCUUCGUGUGGGUUCAGUCUCAUAUUCUAUGGAGUGCACUUCUCAGAAUGGGUUCAGUCUCAUAAUCCACGGAGUGCAAUUCUAAAGAUGGUUGCAGUCUCAUACUCAAAGUACUGAAAUUCUAAAAAUAGUUUCAGUCUCAUACUCAAUGGAGUUCAAUUCUAAAGGACAUAUUUAUUAAAAUUAUGACAAAACAAAACACUAUCCUGUUUAUUUAAUUUUCAUUGGAGUCUUGGGGGGGGGGGGAUUCAUAUGGAGUGAUUGUAAUGACACACCAGUGAUCCGAAAUUUAAAUUUGACUUUUUUCAGUGUUCAAUUCUAAAGGACAUAUUUAUUAAAAUUAUGACAAAACAAAACACUAUCCUGUUUAUUUAAUUUUCAUUGGAGUCUUGGGGGGGGGGGGGAUUCAUAUGGGGUGAUUGUAAUGACACACCAGUGAUCCGAAAUUUAAAUUUGACUUUUUUCAGGCAAUGCAACAGCGAGUGUGUACGCUCUUCUUGCACGUCAUCCUGGCGGAUUUGAUCUUAGCCGACUCCGAGGUGACGGACGUGGAUCUUGGUGAUGUCAGUAAGUUGAAAUACAAUGGUGCUAAUAGUCUUAUGUGACGACGUUCCUCUGUGGUGAACAGUUGACAGUUCUGUUACGCCGUGUUGUAUGUUUGGUACAAAUCAUUAGUGUGUGCUCGUAUCUACAGGGCGACCCAUUAACCCCCCCGCGUCCAUGUCUUUUAAACCGAGAAAUUUCAGUCGAGACUGCCAUUCCAGGAUUGGCCCUAGUGAGCCAUUCGCAGAGCAUGAACUACUGAUUACUAAUACGACAUUUCGCCUUCCGACUCGUAAUCGGACGACCUGGAUACCCUCUCGUUCAAAACAUUGGCAGCUCAUCGACUAUGACCUCAUCAGGAGGAAGGACAGUCAAGAUGGCCGUGUAGACAAGUCUUUGUGUGGUGCAGAAUGCUGGAUUGAUUGUCUUAUUAUCACCAAGCUCAACCUACACAUACAUCCCAAAAAGACGCCCAAAGGGAAAAAUCCCCAAACGUCUAAAUACCACAAAGUUGAAAAGCCCCAACAUUAAGAAAUCCCAUGUGGACGCUCUGGAAGAACGUAUGCAGUUCACACUAUUGGAAAAUGUCAACGUCAAAGCAAUCUGGGCAUCACUUAGAUCGAUGUUGUACAACACCGCCAUGGAGUUUCUGGGGCCAAGCUCGAAAAAAACAUCAGGACUGGUUUGAUGAUAACGGUGGCGUAAUCAAGCAACUGCUAGAGGAAAAACAUCGUCUACACGCUUCCCUAAACACCCCGAUGUCAGUCCCAAUGAAAGAUGCGUACCACAAUAUAAGAAGAACGGUGAAAGAGAAACAGUGUCUAAUGCAGAAUAAAUGGUUUGGUGACAAGGCCGAGGUUAUGCUGACCGACAUGACCUACAAAAUUUCAACUCCAAAAACAGUCUACGGCCCCACUUCAUCAGGAUCAUCCCCCCUUCUGAGUGCUGAUGAGAAACCUCUAUUCACUGAGAAGGAAAAAAAUGAUUGAACGCUAGGCUGAACACUUUGGCAAUAUCCUGAAUCGACCAUCAUCCAUCAUCCAUCAUCUAUCAAUGAUGAAGCCAUAAAUCGUCUCAUACUGGUGCGUUUAAUCAAGAAUUGGAAGACCCCCCCCUCCUUUUUAUACUAACUGAGACCCAACAUGCACUAUGCCUUCUCUCAAGCGGAAAAGAACCAGGUGAUGACGCAAUCCCGUCUGAAGUAGACAAAGAAAGGGGGAAAUCUCUGUCUGAAAGGCUCCAUCAGCUUUUCAUUCUUAUGUGGCAGCAAGAGACCAUUUCACAGGACUUAAAACAUGCAUCUAUUGUUCACGAGUACAAGCGUAAAGGAACUGUCAAUCAGGUGACGACCACCGUUAUAUAUUACUGGUCACAAUUGUAGGCAAGAUAUUAGCCAGAAUCUUGCUAAAUCGUCUUAACUGGCAUCUUGAGAAGGGUCUACUGCCAGAAAGUCAAUGUGGCUUCCGGAAGAAAUGAAGAACAACCGAUACGGUGAUUGCGAACAGACAGCUACAGGAAAAAUGCAAGGAACAAAAUUUUAACAUCUUCUCUACCUUUGUAGACCUGACCAAAAUCCUCGACACUGUCAAAGGCCUUAGGAAGAUCAUUGCCAACUAUGGAUGCCUCAGUAAGUUCAUGUCAAUGGUACGACUAUUCCAUGAUGGUAUGCAGGCUAGAGUUCGGGAUAAUGGAGUGCAACAAGGCUGUGUACUUGCCCAAACACUUUUCAGCCUCAUGUUUCCGCAAUGCUGACCAAUGCCUUCAGAGAGGGAGAGGCUGAAAUUGGCCUUAGAUAUCGAACUGACGAUAAUCUAUUCAACCCCAAAAUAUGCCAAAAUGGAAGUCACGAUAGACACCAUCAGGGAUGUCUUGUAUACCGACGACUGUGCCCUAAACGCUGCAUCAGAAGUGGUUAUGCAGUGCAGCGUCACAAACUUUUCAAACGCUUAAGCAAUCUUCGGGCUUUGCAUUAAGACAAAAAUGACUGAGGUCCUAUAAGAACCAGCUCCUCAAAGACCUUAUUUUGAGCCCAACAUCAAAGUGUAUGGCGAAAGAUUUAAAGAGAUGAAUAGCUUUUCAAAUCUCGGCAACACACUGUCCCAAAGCGCAACCAUCGAUGACGAGGUUAACCUCCAUAUUGCGAGAGCCAGUGCAACCUAUGGGAAAUUGACUAAGAACGUAUGGACCAGGAGGAGUAUCAGCACUCAAACUAAACUGAAAGUAUAUUAGGCGGCUGUUCUCCCUACGCUUCUCUAUGCCCAGGAAACGUGGACGGUAUACCAACGCCACGCAAGAAGGCUGAGCCGAUUUCAUAUAGCAUGACUCAGAAAAAUCCUCAACAUUAAAUGGCAGGACAGGGUACCAGGCACUAAGGUGCUCAGACAGACAUGUCUCCACAGCACAUUUUAGUGACGUCCUAGUUUCGCUGAGCGGGACAUGUGAUAAUGUCACACGACCGUCUGCCCCAAAAGAAUUUUCUACGAUGAGCUCGAACAAGAAAUGCGGUCUGUUGGUGGCAGAAUAAACGUUUUAAAGACAACCUAAAAGCCUCAAUGAAAGCGCUCGACAUAUGCCCAGGGAGGAAAAAGCAAAUGAUCGAAGAUCACGGUGUUCGACUUUAAACAAGAGCUCCGUGCAACACGACGUUGGCAGAACAGCGGCUGCAGAGCGCAAGAGCCGGUCCGACUCUGUUCCCGGAGAUGCCUUACCAUUGCACUGCGCCUACUGCACAAGAAAAUCUCGUGCCGGAAUCGGCCUAAUCAGCUAUCUGUGCACCCACAGACAGAACUAGCACACAUCUGAUGAUUAAAGUGGUCAUGGUUGACUCCCGACUGACGAUAACAUAGCCACCCCAUGGUCUCGCCAAGACAAAAAGGACUCCGUGUAUUUAAGAUAAUCAAUAACUGGAACAGGACAAGGUCCGCAACUCUAAAGUCUAGAAGUUACGUGGUUAGUUUUAAUGAUUUGAUGCCGGACCCGCUAAAUGCCCACCAUGGACGGAAAUCGACACCACCAUCAACACCCCUCCCCCACUCCCCUAGAUGGGGCAGGCGUCUUAUUUUUACCGACCAGGCUUAUCUUAUCCGAAUAUUUGUAUUUUUAUACAUUUCUACUUGCCUGUCUCUCCUCCACAUUAGUUGCUUUAAGUAAAAUUGAGACGUAUCCAUCACAAAUUUUUUUGAGUCGCCCCGGUUCAGUAUAAUAUUCACUUAAUUACAAAAUUACCGCAAUGCUUUUUCCUCCCCAGAGAGCGAACAUCUUGGAAACCUUUGCAGUAGAACUGUCAUCGUGAGCAGCUUCCUUGACCUUGAAAUUAAAUUCCUGCACGGUUCGUGGAACUGCAACGUGGAAUUCGUCCCGCUGUCGCAAAAGAAUAUACUGAAGGCGUUUUUUAGAAAGUAUGAGUCGUCAGACUCCUGCUCUGGUCCUAUAUAUCUCUACGACUCUUCGAACAAACCCUUGUUAGGUAAUGUGUCGUAGAAUGUGUGUUAACUUUGAAUGCGAGGGCCUUAUAAAAGGUUCAAGCUGUGAAAAAAAUAUAUAAAUGAAUGGCUGUAGACGAAAUGCAGAAGAGAUGAUGAGAUCAUUUAUAUGAUUCGUGAAAAUUGUACGUGGUAAUCAACUAAUAGAUUUUUCACAAAUCAAUUGGAUCAAACUCUAACACUGCAGUGCUGUAGGUUACUCUUGCCUGGCAACAGUUUAGGAUAGGCAUUAUUAAUUGUUUGUUUCUUUUAAAAAUCGGAAAGAUCAACGGACAGGUUAAGGCACUGAGACGUAAAACCUUUUGAGCCAGGAGUCCAUCACGUUGAUAUUGCAAUCUCCAGAGAGACUUAACGAAAAUCAGCCAACGCGCGUCUACAACAACGACGGCCGCUUCACAAUUUAUCGGACGCUCUACUUGCUUUAAAUCGAGUGGGUUUUGGCUCAACAACAAAAAAACAAACAAAAAAACCAAAACCCCCAGAUUUGGUGGCCACAGCACCCUUGGUGGAAAUGCAUGAAUGACCACAGCUGAGGUAUGGCCAAAACUAUAAUUAGCACAGGUCGGGAACUGAUUUCUUUUUUCAUGGAGGAAAAAAGUGUGUUUGAGUAAAAAAAAAAAGGGGAGGAGGGAGGGGGGUAUUACAUGGACAGAAAAUAGAACACUUUGAAAGCAAAAACUAGAAAGAAACCCUGUGUACCACCGUGAAUUUUCGUUGACUCGUUUGAUAUUAUGCCGCAUUAUGAUAUUAUGCGUUUUAACACUUAAUGGAUUAUUUUGUGGGCGGAAGUAGAAAAUAAAGCACGAGAGUGUAACUUUAGUGUCUCUCUCAGGAGGCUGAGCAUAAUUUUUUUUGUCUAAUGUAAUUUGAAUCACAUGUGAGAUGCGUAUUCCAUUUAAUGCAGAAUAUGGCAUGAUCUACUUUAUUAAAAUAUUCCCGGUGUAGUGUUUAUAUAUAUAUAUAUAUAUAUAUAUUUAUAUAAUGAAGUAUAGUGUUGAAAAUUGACAAUUUAUGCUCUAUGUGAGUGGCGUUUGUGGAUUGAUCAAGUGAGCGAAGUAAUGCAAGGCCACGUGACAAAGAUAACCGAUGGUUGCAAUAAAAAAAGAAAAGUGAUCCCAACAACGGUAACACCAUGAUUUCAAGUAGAAAAGUGAUCCCAACAACGGUAACACCAUGAUUUCAAGUAGAAAAGUGAUCCCAACAACGGUAACACCAUGAUUUCAAGUAGAAAAGUGAUCCCAACAACGGUAACACCAUGAUUUCAAGUAGAAAAGUGAUCCCAACAACGGUAACACCAUGAUUUCAAGUAGAAAAGUGAUCCCAACAACGGUAACACCAUGAUUUCAAGUAGAAAAGUGAUCCCAACAACGGUAACACCAUGAUUUCAAGUAGAAAAGUGAUCCCAACAACGGUAACACCAUGAUUUCAAGUAGAAAAGUGAUCCCAACAAUGGUAACACCAUGAUUUCAAGUAGAAAAGUGAUCCCAACAAUGGUAACACCAUGAUUUCAAGUUAUUUUGUAGAACAUCAUUUACAUCCAUGAGGGAGACUACCUACAAUUUGUAGUCUCCGGUCAAGGCUCCGACAUUCGAUUCCAUUCAGAUUCAGAAAGCCAACAGUUCUCACGACCCACGCCAAGUGUAACGCUUUAUUGCAAGCCGCUUCCAUUCAUUCCGUUCCACAGGGAUCAGAGGCUACUGCAAGACGGAGCCGCCGAGGGGCUAUUUCCACUUGGACAAGCG